ACCGGUAAAUGCAUUUGCCGCGCUGGAUUCUAUGGACCACUGUGCAAACGACGUUGCCCUAUCGGAUUCUAUGGUCCAAGUUGUGCCAAAAAAUGCCAGUGCACAGAUGGAUUACGGUGUGAUCCCGUUACAGGAGACUGUAACAAAAAAUGUCCUCCUGGGUACAUGGGAGAGCUCUGCGACAAAGUGUACUGGCGGGUCCUUUGUGGAUACCAGCCAUAGUGUCGCACUGUUCGUUUAUGUUCUAGUGUGUUUACCUGGAACAUUCGGUUACGAUUGUGAACAACGAUGUGCUUGUUCGGAACCAGGCCAACCGAAAGCAUGCCAUCACGUCACUGGCACCUGUUCGUGCCUUCCUGGACUCACUGGAGUGAUGUGCGAUACGCAGACAAUGGUAUGGACGUACAUUUGUAGACCCUUCACCAGUCGCAAUCAUUUACAAUUUUUGUUAAGUAUUUCGACAAAACAUUUACUUACCACGCAUAAUUCGAUUUUACCCGAAAAAUCAGUGAACCCUUGUGAACCACGACGUCAUGUCACCUUUCCCCUUGGUCUCAUGCCAUAUAACAAUGUCAUUGGCGGAGUGGCACAAUUCGUCUCAAAGUUUUUACUGCUAAAAUUUUGUUCAAAUUGUUACGAGGGUUUAUGUUUGCUCGAGCUUUGGUCAUGUAAAAUUCCACUUAAAUCUCGUUCCAUGACUCUAAUGAAAAAACCAGAAAAAAGGCUUGUUUGCAAAAAAUUGACAAAGGUUGUUUCCACACUGGAGUCUCGCUUUAUUGAGGGCACUUUUAAUAGUUCAAUAUCUUCCAAAUCCUACCAUGACUUUGCCUUUCGUUGGGAAGCUUGCCCACCUGGCCUGUAUGGUCCAAACUGUGCAUUUGAAUGUGCCUGUCAAAAUGGUGCAGAAUGUAAUGCCAAAGAUGGUUCAUGCAUAUGUCCUCCUGGAUUCUAUGGAGCAAGCUGUAGUGAAGGUAAGUUAGAGCUCAAUUUGAACAUUUUAGUAUGCCCAUCCGGUAGAUACGGAACCGACUGCAUGAAGCUCUGUGAUUGCCAGAAUGGCGCAAUCUGUAGCCCAUCGGAUGGUAAAUGUGAAUGUCGGCCAGGUUGGAUGGGUGAACAUUGUGAAAAGCCAUGCGAGCAAGGUUUUCAUGGGAAAGACUGCUUGAAACGGUGUGACUGCGCCAACGGUAUGCAUUGCGAUCCUUCAGAUGGUGAAUGCAUCUGCCCGCCGGGGAAGAGGGGCGCCAAAUGUGACCAAGAUUGUGAGGCUGGCCAUUUUGGUGCAGGAUGUCGUGGAAUCUGCGCCUGUGCCAAUGGUGGAUCAUGUGAUGGUGUUACUGGAGCUUGUAAAUGCACUCCAGGAUGGCGAGGAAAAAGAUGUGACCGACCCUGCCCAGAUGGACGCUAUGGCGAGGAGUGCCGUUUCAUAUGUGAUUGCGCCACAUCAAUUCAUGAAGAUUUGGAAGUCUGCCAAGUUCGAUUUCCAGACGACACAACUCUGUACAACCCUUUUGUGGCCAGAUGUGAUCAUGUAACAGGAGACUGUAGGUGUCCACCCGGAUGGACCGGUCCGGACUGUGGGACUCCAUGUCCACCAGGAAGGUAAGA